AUGACAGAAGAAAAAAAUAAGGCGAUAGAGGCGUUACUGAAGAAAGCCAUGGCUGGGUUUGAUAACAGCGAGAUAGUUCCUAAGCAUACCACGAGGGUUUCCGAAGAAGAAGAGACGGCGUUUGUAAGGCUGGAGAAAGGAAACAAGGAUAAAGAUAAAGAUAAGGAAGAGGAACCAUCUAAAAAGAAAGCUAGAACGAUCAGUCCGGAGCCUGAAACAGAUAGCAAAGAAGAAACGCAAAAGGAGGCUGCAGACAGAGAUGGAGAAACGCUUCCUCCACCAGAAGGCGGAUACGGAUUUGAUCCUCCUCCUCCUCCUCAUUACUAUCAACCACGCUACAGACCUUAUCGUUACAAUCGACCUUACUAUGGUUACCCUCGCGGCGCAGGGUACGGCUACAGAUAUGGCAGAGGAUACUACACUCAGCCGUGUUCUUUUAAAAUUUGA